AUAACUUUAUCUUUACCUAUUAAAUAUCUUUCUAUACAUCUGGCUGAGCCUGGGUGCUGCUAACGAUUUUCUCUUUCAGUUUCAUCAAGACUCCCGUAAACUAGAUGCCUUGAAUAUUUCUCUUCUUUCGCUUUUUAAGAAUGUUUACUGAAGAAAAAGAGAAUUUUAGGAUCAUGACAACAACGGAGUUGGACUUUCUAUUUUAAAUUCUCCCACAAUGAGCCAGAAGGCCCUAACAAAGUGGAAACAGUUUUUUCCUUUUCCGUGUAAGUUUUGGGGAUGUAGGUGAUCCCAUUGUGGGCUGUUUUCCUCCAGACCAGCAGGAGUCUUCCUCAGCCCUCGUGAUGAUCGGUCCAGCAGUGAGGAAGGUGGUCUCUGGUGUCAUUAGUUCUUCUGAGGACAGAAGGACGUACAGAGGCCUGGAGUUAUCCAACGCUCUGAAGGUCUUACUAAUCAGCGACCCGGCGACGGACAAAGCCUCUGCUGCUUUGGACGUCCACACAGGGUCUCUGUCAGACCCGGACAGCGUCCCCGGCCUGGCCCACUUCUGUGAACACAUGCUGUUCCUGGGAACGGAGACUUUCCCCGAGGAGAACGGGUACGAGGAGUUCCUGAGCCAGCAUGGGGGGAGCUUCAACGCCUUCACCAGCUCAGACCACACCAACUACUUCUUUGAUGUAUCCCAUGAGCACUUGCAAGGAGCUCUUGAUAGGUUUGCUUCGUUCUUCCUGUGCCCUCUGUUUGAUGAAAACUGUAAAGUUCGAGAGUUGAACGCUGUGGACUCUGAGCACCAGAAGAACCAGAUGAACGAUGACUGGAGGCUUUUUCAGCUGGAGAAGGCAACGUGCAACCAAAGACAUCCGUUUAGUAAAUUUGAAACAGGUAAUAAAUGGACUCUAGAGACCAGACCAUGUGAAGAAGGCAUUGAUGUCCGUCAGGAGCUGCUGAAGUUCCACUCCACGUAUUACUCUGCUAACCUGAUGGGUCUGUGCGUGUUAGGACGAGAGUCACUUGAUGAGCUCAUGUCUACAGUGUUGAAGUUGUUUGGAAAAAUCCAGAACAAAAGUGUCCCCAUCCCAGAAUUCAAAGAGCACCCAUUCCAGGGAGAGCAGCUGAAACAACUCUUCACCGUGGUUCCAGUCAAAAACAUCAGGAAGUUACACGUGACCUUUCCGAUCCCAGACCUACUGAAGUAUUACAGAUCAAAACCUGGACACUAUGUGGCUCAUCUGAUAGCUCAUGAGGGACCUGGAAGUCUGUUUGCUGUUCUGAAAUCAAAAGGCUGGUUGGACUCUCUGGUUGGAGGACCAAAGGAAGGAGCGAGAGGUUUCAUGUUCUUUGUGGUGAAAAUGGAUUUGACGGCAGAGGGCCUCUUGCACGUCAAUGACAUCAUCCUCCACCUGUUCCAGUACAUUCACAAACUGCACACAGAGGGGCCGCAAGAAUGGGUGUUUGAAGAAUGCAAGGAAUUAUGGAGAAUAGACUUCAGGUUUGAGGACAAGCAGCGCCCCCGAGACUACACCUCUAAAGUGGCGAGUUUACUGCAUGACUACCCUCUGAAAGAGGUUCUCUCCGGAAAGCACAUUUGUGAGGAAUUCAGGCCAGAUCUGAUUCAGAUGGUCCUGGAAAAGCUGACCCCUGAAAAUGUCAGAGUGACAGUGGUGUCAAAGUCAUUUGAAGGACAAACGGACAAGACGGAAGAGUGGUACGACACGCAGUACAAGCAGGAGGCCAUUUCUGAAGAAACCAUCAAGAAAUGGUCAACUCCUGGCUUAAAUCCCAACUUCAGUUUACCCAGAAGAAACGAGUUCAUCCCAACGAACUUUCAGAUUUACCCUUUGGAGGAAGAUUCUAGUUCAGGUCCCACGCUGAUCAAAAACUCUCCUUUGAGCAGAACGUGGUUCAAGCAGGACAACAAAUUCUGUCUCCCCAAGUUGUGCCAGAAGUUUGCUUUUUUCAGUCACUACAUCUACACAGAUCCUCAGCACUGGAACAUGACGGAGUUGUGGAUCAAAUUGCUGAAGGAUGAUCUAAAUGAGUUUACAUACCCGGCUCUCUUAGCUGGGCUGGAGUAUGACAUCAGCUCACAGAGGAAUGCCAUUACUGUCUCCAUCAAAGGUUACAGUGAUAGACAGUCCAUCUUGCUGAGGGAAAUCGUCCAGAAAAUGGUGACGUUAAAAAUAAACCAGCUGCGCUUUGAAAUCAUUAAAGAAGAAUACCAGAGGUAUUUGAAUAACUUUGGGGCUGAGCAGCCUCACCGACAAGCCAUGCAUCACCUUGGCCUGCUGAUGACGGAGGUUGCUUGGACCAAAGAUGAACUCCUUGAUGCUUUGGAAGAUGUGACCCUCCCACAUCUGCACAUCUUCCAAACUCAGCUGUUGUCACGGUUACAUAUUCAAGCCUUAUUUCAUGGCAACAUCACUAAGGAGUCUGCUCUUACCAUGAUGCAAAUGGUGGAGGACACACUCACUGAGCAUGCUCACACAAAGCCCCUCCCUCCACAUCAGCUGAUUCUUUACAGAGAAUUUCAAGUUCCUAACUGUAGCUGGUUUGUUUACCAGCAGAAGAACGAGGUCCACAACAAUUGUGGCUUUCUGAUCUACUACCAGACAGACAUGCAGAGCACCCACAGCAACAUGCUGCUGGAGCUCUUCUGCCAGAUCAUCCAUGAGCCGUGUUACAACACCCUGAGGACCAGAGAGCAGCUGGGUUACAUAGUGUUCAGUGGACCUCGAUGCGCUGAGGGAGGGCAGGGCUUGCGGCUGAUCAUCCAGUCAAACGAGGAGCCACUGUACCUGGAGAGCCGCGUGGAGGCCUUCCUCUUUUCCAUAGAACAAGCUUUGACGGAGAUGAGCGAGGAGGUCUUCCAGAAGCACAUCCAGGCUCUGGCCGUCCGCCGCCUGGACAAACCCAAGAAUCUUUCUGCUGAAAGUGCCAAAUACUGGGCUGAGAUCAUCUCCCAGAAGUACCAUUUUCACAGAGACAGCGUUGAAGUAGAGCAUUUGAAAACGUUGACAAAAGAGAACAUCAUUGAGUUCUUCAGAGAAUGGCUGGCAGUGACGGCUCCAAAAAGACGCAAAGUUUCUGUGCACGUCCUGUCCAGAAAGAUGGAUCCAUGUCCAAAAGGGGCAGAGCUUCAUUCCCAGAAGGGUGUCAAAUUGACUCCUGCUCCCUCUCUGCCACAGCCCACUUUGGUUCAGGACGUGACGGGGUUCAAGAGAAGCCUGCCCCUGUUUCCACCAGCCAAGCCUCACAUCAAUGUCACGACUGUCAAAGUUUGAUCAAUCCUCUGAAUGAGUGUCUGCUCGACAGGGGGACAUAGGAAUGGCUGUUUGUUUGAGGCAUCUGAUUGGUCAGUUUAUAACUUGAAGAACGUGGACUAAAGAAAAAAUAUCAUGAAAAAGGCAUCAGAUCAAAAAUGGUUCUUCUGACCAAUAGAAUGACUAAAUAAUUGAUGUGUAUAUUUUGAUGUGUAUUUAAUAGUUAGGUGCUGUUGAGGACUUUAAAGAAUGUUAGCUCCUCCAUAAAGGUUUUUAUUUAUUAGGUUUAUAUUUGCUGAAAACUGUUACUCACUAUUCACUGUGAUACAAAAAGGAUUUUGUUCUAAUUUCCAAAAUGCACAAUACGUUGUUCUGUUGACCAGUCUUUUUUCAAACGGUGAUAUACAUUGUUAUUAUAUUGUUGUUGUUGGUAUUUAUAUAAUUAUUAUCUGUUUGUGUCAUAUACAUUGUAUUCUAAUUAUUAACAUGUUUGAAACUAAUUUAAUAAUAUAUAUAUUUGUUGCAUUAUGGUUCCUUUUGAAAACAUUGAAAAGUUUCUAUUAAUAUAUUCAUGGAUUGGCAAUAAGCAUUUUGAAUAAAACCCAGCAGCCGCUGUGCGUUUAGUUGCAA